GAUUUCCAAAACGAGGCUCAGUUUGAGGCAUUUCCUUCGGAAAUUCCAAUUUGAAAUUUGUUUUAUAUCAAUGAUUUAAAGCUGAGAACUUCUCAUAAUAUAAUCUGUUUCAAAGAUCGUUCUAAAUGUUGUGAGUUAACUUAUUUUAAAAAAAUUUACUUACGUAUACUUUAUGACAUUGUUAACCAUAGCUAUCUGUUAAAAUUUUGGUUAAAUGUAAACAACGCGGGUAUUAGGUGACUAAUUACUAACUUAUUUAUACUAAUUAGUGGUCAUGGAAAAGCAGAGAGAAGGAAUAGACAUUAUGAAGACAUGUAAGAUAUCUAAAUUUAUCGAUAAAAAGUUUGGAAGAUUGUGUCACAAUGACGAUAAUCAAGAGGCGCAUUGCGAUCAACCUAAUGAAUCAAACAGCUUAAAUUCAAGGGAAUCUAAUAUUCCAAUAAGAAAAAUGAAUAAAUGUCUCGAUUUGGAUCAGAUUAAGGAAAAUUUGAGAAUUAAAAGGGAUAAUUCAACGAAAAAUGCGAAAUUGAAACGAGAUCCAUCCGAUAAACCACGAAAUAAACCGGUUAUAGCAAAAAAUUUAAGUAGAACACAAAGUAGUAGCAUUCCAUGCUUGUCGGAAACAAAGCUGAAGAGGAGGCAUUCGGGAACGACCGUAGAUACUGCUUUUGCUCGGCAAGUGGUUGAGUCUAAAUCUACAAUAAUUUCUUCAAAAGUCAUCCGUUCAAAAUCUGCUCGCAUACAGAGCUCAACUAUGGAGGACAGAAAGCAAGCUGCAUUACAGGCAUUUGCUAAUCGUCGAACUCCUUCACCAAAUGUUAUGGCUGAAGAUCCAAAUUUAAAGAAAAAAGUUGAAAAAGCUUUAAAAGUUAGAUUUUAUCUCUUGCAACAGCGAGGUCCCAAUUCUUUUUUGAUUGGUGGAGACGCUCCAGAUCAUAAAUAUAAAGUUGUAAUUGGUCCUCAAAGUUGCAGUUGCACUAGAAAGCAGUGUCUUCACAUUUUAUUCGUCAUGCUUCGAGUAUUUAAGGUUGAGAGAAACGAUCCUUCUUUAUGGAGCGUCCAACUUAAAAAUUUUGAAGUGGAAGCCUUGUUUAGGAAAUACUAUCAGCGACGAGAGCAGAGAAUAGCCGAUAUGAAAAGAAGAAUGAGCGAAUCCAUCCAUUCGAAGACAGAGAGCUGCACAACAACGGAUGGCUCAUUAAGUGAAGACUCUCAAGACGGUUUAAGACUAGAGGAUGAGGAGGAAAGCUGUCCAAUUUGCUUAAGCGAAAUCCUGGAUGGAGAAAGCUUAAACAAUUGUGAUAAAUGGUUUGCUGAAUGUCAAAAAUCUGAGAGAAGAUUAACAUGCCCACUUUGUGAUGAAAAAUGGCAUACUAACAUAGCCCAUAAUGAAGUUACAGCUAAUUCUGAUAGUCUCCUUCUACCAUCUGUAUCCCCCGGAUUGAAUACAUCCGAGUUGCCUCACACUAUUCCAGUUUCAGCCGAUUUACAACCAUAUCUUGUGGAGUGGGGUACCGUUAUUGGAGAAAAUUUAUCCUCCUGUCUACUUUCAACAAACUGGAAUUUCAGAGAAACAGGUCUUAAAGAGUUGUCUAAGACAGCAUCUCAAACGCUUUCAAUAUCGGCACAUGAUGUCAGCAUCCAAACAAAUAUACUACAAUGUAGCAUGAAAAUAAUUGCUUUUACUUUAAAUGAUCCUGUUUACAAAGUUUUCAUUCAGAGUCUGAAAACGCUAAGGAACAUUUUAGCUUUCACACCAUGCCGAAAUGAUUCAGAACGAAAUAGACUAGAAACACUGUUAAAACCUGUUUUAGAUAGCUUAUUAAAUAAGUGCGCCAACUCAAACAGAAAAACGAAAGUCAUAUCCCUUUCGGCUAUUCUCGGCUUUAUCAAAGGCCAGGAAGGUGAAUUAUCUAUAGGAAAAGAAUUAGAUGGAUUUUCACCUACAGGCGUUGAUGAGCUUACCUUAGUGUUGGAGUGCAUAUCUGGCGUUGAUGAGACAAGGGACUCUACUCCUUUUCAGCAUUUCUUAGGUCGCUUAUUUGCUUUAGAGCUACUUUUGGACAGAUACAAAUCGUUUUUUCUGUUGAAUGAAUGUAUUGGAGAGAAGAAUUCUCGAAAAUGUUCGAAUUUACACAAGAUUAACAUGACACUAUAUUUUCUAAAAAAGACAUUUUUUUUUAACCACGUGAAAGUAGCAACACUAUCGAAAAAGCUACUUUUUAACAUCAUUAAAAUUCAAGACGAUCAUGGCAUCAAGUGGAUUUUAACUCAAUAUGAAAAUUCUGACUUUUCUAUUGCAGACUAUAUAAGAAAAAAACUAGCUAAUAGCUUUGAAAGAAUAUGGCCAAUAAAGAAUGAACCUCCACAAAGAGAAUUAUUAGCAGAUAGUAAUUACACUACCCAUGUACAUCAGGUGCAAACUAAUAGUUACGAGAGAGAUUCUACGGCGGGCACAUACUACCAUUGUCAACCUUUGCAAAGUGAUGCUAUUGCUCCUCCUUCUGUUCCAGUACCCAAAGAAGAUGACAGACCUCUUACAGCGCCUGAAAAAUUAACAGAUGGAGUGUGGGGAAGUGACAAUACUUCACUCACCACAGAAGGUUUACCCCUGACCCAGAACUGUUCAGCACCAUCUUGCUGUCAAUGUUUCACAAUUGAUCAUGGCAAGUGUAGCAUUAAGUCAAUUCAUCUAUCAGAAACCCUAUCAAAUCAAGAAGUAGUAAAUUCUUUACGAAAUAUAUCAUUAGAAAAUUCUACUUUGAAUGAAAACCAAUUACAUCAUUCUUGUAUGCAAAAUAUUCUCAAAAUUAGCCAUACAGAUGAUAAAUUAUCUACUACAAUAGAUGCUAUUCCAGAAAAUGGUGAAUAUUUCCGACCAGAAUCAAGAUUAGGAUUCAUAGACGAUGACUCUUCAUCAGAAACUCAAAAACUUGCAAUAGAAUCAGAUAUAUCAAACAGCUUAAUUACUGAUUUGACCAGUGAAUCAACAGAUGAUAGAUUUUCAGAACUGGAUGAAGAUAAAGACGUAUUUACGAUUGAAGUUGCAACUUCUCCAACAAAAAAUUCAGAUGAGUGCAAAUGUAAAGAAGAAGUUGAAAUUGAAGAGGAUAAGGCCCUUGUUGAGGCUCUUCUGCGAUCUGAGCAGCAAAGUAAACUACCAAAUGUUCCAGGGUUAAAAUGUUUACCACUAGAUUCGCAUGUAACUGAUCAAGCCGAAACACAUAAUGUUGAACCAUAUAUUGAAAAUCUUCAUUGGGUGAAAGGUCCUACUAUUGGUACAGGAGGAUUUUGUACUUGCUAUCUUGCUAGAGAUAAACGUACUGGUACUCUUAUGGCUUGCAAACAGAUAUGUUUGGUCAGAAAUAAUCAAAAAGAUGAAGAAGUAGAAAUAGCAAAAAUUGAAGCAGAAAUACGACUAGUUGGUAAACUUUCCCAUCCGAAUAUUCUUCGAUUAUUAGGAGCGACGAGACACGGGUCUCAUUUUUUUAUGUUCACCGAAUGGAUGCCUGGUGGGUCAAUAGCAAAUUUGCUGGAAACCUACGGUUGCUUCACUGAAAAUGUAACCAUAAAAUAUAUUAGACAAGUCAUUCUUGGAUUAGCAUAUUUGCAUGAAAAUAGGAUUUUACACAGGGAUUUAAAAGGUGCUAAUUUGGUAGUUGACAGUAGUGGGCAAAGAAUAAGAAUUGCUGACUUUGGAGCUUCAGCAACUUUACAAGGAGAUAUGACUGGAUUAGACGAAUUCAGAAAUGAGUUAAUGGGUACCAUACCUUUCAUGGCACCUGAGGUUUUGAAAGGGGAAAGCUAUGGAAGAUCAGCAGAUGUAUGGUCAGUGGGGUGUAUAAUUAUACAAAUGCUUACAGCAAAACCGCCUUGGUCUGAUCGACAUUAUGAAAAGCACUAUGCCUUAAUAUUUCGAAUCGGUUGUGCCACCGAAGGACCUCCGUUACCAACAAUCGAGAGUCCUCCACUAAAAGAUUUGUGUUUACGUUGCCUUGAAAUAGUCAAGGGCGACCGAUCGGCUGCAAAAGAUUUAAUUAAGCAUCCUCUUUUUACGAUGUGCACAACCCAUUAA